AAAAAAAUUAGGGUUUUGGGGUCUCCUCUCUGUCUCUCUCGCUCUCUCGUUGAUUGCUUUUAUGGAGAUGACUUCCAACGUUAGGAGAAAGAAUAAGCAAUCUCUAAUUACGUCACUUCCCGAAGACGUCAUCUUUGACAUCUUAGCGCGUGUACCAAGGUGCAAGUAUCCGACACUCUCGCUCGUUUCCAAGCAGCUCCGAUCACUUGUCACGUCACCUGAGAUAUACGUGAGACGAUCCUUGUUGCGAGUCACCGAACCGUGCUUCUAUGUUCUCCUCUAUGACUCACAAUCCGGUGAUAACCGUUGGUAUAUUAUCCACCCGAAAGCCAACGGCAAUCGCUGCUUGGUCCUUAUCCAUUCGCUCCCAGCUAUGAAUCCUGUUGCAAGCUUUGUCGCGGUGGACACGAGAAUAUAUGUGUUUGGUGGAAGAGACGAUCAUACAAAAUAUCGUGCGUUGUGCAUCGAUUGUAGAUUUCAUACUGUGGAACAUCUCCCCAGCAUGCCUGUGCCCAUGUCUCAUGCAGUCGUUGACAUCAUUGAUGGGAAAAUUUACGUGAUUGGAGACUACUACCGCGGCUCGAAUACAGUGAUGGCGGUGUUCAAUACAGAAACAAAAUUGUGGGAACUUGGUAUGACAAAGCCAAACAUUGAUUUUGCUGGAGCGUUUCCUACUCAUUGUGUGGUGAUGGAUGAUAAGAUCUACGUGAGGUUUAUUUUUAAAAGCUUUGUUUACGAGCCAAAGAAGAGUCAAUGGGAAAUGGAAGAGAUGCUGAGUUCUAACAUGUGGAGUUAUGCGUGCGUGGUUGAUAAUAUAUUAUACUAUUACGACCACUGGGGGAACAAGUUAAGAACGUAUGAUCCAAAGCAGAGGUAUUGGGGAGCGGUGAAAGGUUUGGAUUUGGAAGAGUUGGUGCCUAAAAGAAAUAUACAUUGGAUACACACUGUGAGUUACAGUGGGAAACUGGCUUUGAUUAUUGCUUACGAAGGCGGCCGGACACCAUUGUACCUCUGGAGUGCGGAAAUUUCGCUGGAAAUACGUCAAGGAGGAGAGAUUUGGGGUAAAGUUGAGUGGUCUGAUGAGGUUCUAUCUGCUGAUAAUUUACAAGUGAGGAGAUUUCUAGCUGUUAUGAUUUGAUGCAUGAACUCUUCUUCAUAUAACUUGUUUUUUGUUUUGAAAUUGUUUUGUCCAAACGAUUAAAUGAGUUUUCUUUUCGUUAAGUCUAAAACUCAUUUUACUGAUCUCCUUGCCUAUUAUGGUGUUCUAAUGUAUGUGGUAGUAUCCAAAACAGCUUGAACAGUUGGUAGCUAAUAUUGAAAAGGAAAUACCCGAAGAGGUGUGGACUGAGGAUUCGUAGCCACUAGCCA